GGAGGCGCCGGGCGCAGGUGUCCUAGAACGCUGAUGGCGAAUUUCCAGGGCCACGCUCUCCCAGGGAGUUUCUUCUUGAUAAUUGGACUGUGGUGGUCCAUAAAGUACCCACUGAAGUUCUUUCAUGAAAAGGGGAAAAAGAGCAGGCUGAGCCAGCAGCAGCAGCGUCUCGAGGUCAUUGAAGCCGCAGUCAGGACUGUGUUUUCUGUCAUUGGGAUCCUGGCAGAGCAGUUUGUUCCAGAUGGGCCCCACCUCCACCUCUCCCAUGAAAACCACUGGGUGAAGCUAAUGAACUGGCAGCACUUCACCAUGUACCUGUUCUUUGCAAUCUCAGGCAUCAUUGACAUGCUCACCUACCAUUCCACCCACAUCGUGCCUUUGGGGGUGGACAGAUUGAUUAUGGCUGUGGCGAUAUUCAAUGAAGGUUUUCUCUUCUACUACCACAUUCAUAACCGACCUCCACUGGACCAGCACAUCCACUUGCUCCUGACAUUUGCUUUGUUUGGAGGGAGUAUCAGUGUCUUCCUAGAGGUGAUCUUUCGAGACAAUAUUGUGCUGGAACUUUUCCGAACCAGUCUCGUUAUUCUCCAGGGAACCUGGUUCUGGCAGAUUGGGUUUGUGCUAUUCCCCCUUUUUGGAGCACCUGAAUGGGACCAGAAGGACGAGCACAACAUCAUGUUCAUCACCAUGUGUUUCAGCUGGCACUAUGUGGCUGCCCUCUGCAUUGUGGCCGCCAACUACUCUCUUGUUUACUGCCUUCUGACCCGCAUGAAGAGACAUGGAGGAGAAAUCAUUGGGAUUCAGAACCUGAAGUCUGACCACACUUACCAGGCAGCUCUUCUGAGUGGCUCAGAUGAGGAAUGAGAUCGAGUCACAGAGAGGUGGAGACCUCCUAACCUGUUGACCUGCAGCAGCUGGACAGAAUGUAGCUUGCCCCUCCACUUUUUUUUGGCGUGCUC